GUGUGUGUGUGUGUGUGUGUGUGUGGUAACAGGUAUUAUUUGCAAGAAGAGUCAUAAUCUCCAAAAGAGAGGUUGUCUGGGGAACAGGACACUGAGAAAGAUGAGUGUCUGUUUCCCAGGGGGUGUUCCCCCAUUCAGUGGCGGGGCUAGUGGCACCGGAGGGCCAGGUGGCAGCGGUGGGGCCGGUGGCAAUGGAAGUGAUGGUAAUGAUGUAGGUGAAAAACUCAGAUGCUGUGAUGGCAACGGACGUGCUGCGGAGGGCGGUGCUGGUGGUAAUGGACCUGGUGGUGGAGGCGGAGGAGGUGGAGGAGGUGGAUGCUGUGGUGGUGGCGGUGGUGGUGGAGGUGGCGGUGGUACUGGAGGCGAAGGUUCAUCCCAACCACUUCCCUGGAUCAAGAAUAAAACUGAUCUGUUCUGAGUCUCUCACACAGAGGAGUAUGACAACAAACUUCUAAAAUAAAAAUACUUUUAAAAAAGAA